AUGAGCAGUAUCGAUUCGCCACCACGAAAAGAUAUCCGACGUGAUGAACUACUACCAAAAAUCACUCCUCCCGUACCUGAAGAGUCCAUUCCCCCCAAAGAGAAAAAAAGCGCUGAGCCAAUGUUGGUGUUUGAUGAAAAGCUUGGAGAAUGGAUCUAUCCAGUAGACGAGGCGCUUCAAGCUCAAUUGGAAAAUGUCAACUAUUUUGUAAAAUUGCCAUCCAGGGAACUAUUAGUACGAAAUCUGCUUGCACAAGCCGAAGGCGCUUUCGUGGUGCGAUACUCGGAAUCGAAAAGGCGAUGUCUGGCGUUGAGCGUUCGUGUACCGCCCACACACAAUCCCGCAUGUAUAUCUCACUACCUGAUUGUUAGAAAUCAACAUGGAUAUCGGAUUAAGAGUUGUGAAAAGCAUUUCCCUUCGCUCCAAAUGCUUAUCACCCAUCACUCAGUGAUGCCAGAGAAGUUACCGGUGGCAUUGACAUUCGUGCAAUGGAGUGCUUCCGACUGGUCGGAAAUCUACGAUAUGCCCCCGAUGGUGAUUGCCGAUAAGAGACACUCUUACAGCUCUUCACACACCACUAAGUUCUCGGAAACCGAUGAGAAUAGAAAUUCAAAGUAA